AUAAACAUUGUGUUUAUGUUAUCACACUGAAUAUUCAAAAACGGAAUUACAUUAGUUUUUAACAACAACGGGAAAGGUUAACGUUUGUUUCUUCAGCGUCGUUUUUGGGGGAACACCGAUGAGUUUUUGUUUACCUAGCAACAGACAGCGGAUAGCAACGCUGUUUGACAAGUGUCAUCGCUAACGCGCUUUUGAUUAAAUACAAUGCAUCUUACAGGCUUUCAGAUGAUUUUAACGGUGUGAUGAAAAAGUUAAAAUAACAGAGCUUUAACAUUAUUUGGCUGCCUACUGGUUUAUCAGCUGGAGACUGCUAACUUAGCUAACGGUAACCACGGCGAUCUCUUCUUCCAAAGAUGUCUUUUCAAGACUCUCCUCGCCCGUCUGAUGAAGAGGAGGCUUUCUACGUGCAGUGCAGAGCCGCAUAUCUAGCUGUGUUCAGAUCGAGUUUGACAAAUAUCUCUUCGAAACAGCAGUUAAUUCGUGCUCUCCAGCUUGCUGGUAGAAAUCCAUCCCAAGCAACUCUCAAUAAAUACUGGCCCCCAAGAACAUCCAAACUGAACUUUGAUGACUUCUGUGAGAUUCUUAAGAGUGAGAAGAAAAUCGAGGAAACUGAGCUGAUGAGAGCCUUCAAAAAGAUGGACGUGAAUGGUGAUGGCUAUAUCUCACAUAGUGAACUGGAGAAGGCUCUUACCACUAGAGGAGAGAAAAUGACAGCUGAAGAGGUGAAUGCUAUUUUCUCAUUAGCUGACAUCAACAAAGAUGGCAAACUGGACUAUGCAGAAUUCUGCAGAUUGCUUGUGUCUACAGUAGAGCAAUGUCAGAUGGCUGUUUUGGAGAGGCUUGAGGCAAAUGCCAAGCUGAAGAGACAGAACUUUGGCAGUCAGUCAUACAGCCCUCCGAAGAGCUCAGUGUCAUCAGCAUCAGCAGCAACAGCACAAGUGGCAGUGACUCUCCCUCAGCCUCCAGAAACUCCCUGGGCAGAAUCAGACACGGCACUCAAGAAAGACAGCCGAUCUUCCUCCCGUCCUUCUUCCGCUCGCAGCAGACGAUCAUCCCUGUCGAACCAAAUCACUAUGACAAGCAGCACAAAGACCAGCAAAAUACAAGAGCCUUCAGCCUUACAGGAGUGGCAUCACAGUAAUGUGAAGGGCUGUUUCUUCUUGGAGGAUGAUGGCAGUAUCAGCUCUCUGCAGUACCAACUCCACGUCCCCCAGAGAGCCAACGUCUAUGUAACCAUCCAGCCACUCAGCCUCAGCCAUAGACCUGACAAGCCCUCUUCGUGGAUGACAGUGGACACAGCUCUUUUUGUCAUGUCAGCUGGGGAAACCAAAGAGGACUCAUCUUUAGUGUGUUUCACCGAGUCAAAAGACAAAGAAAAGUAUGUCUGGAAAGGAGAAUUGAGUGCUGGAACUUACUACCUGCUUCCCUUCACAAGUGGCUGCAAAUUAAAGAAAAAGAGCAAAAAGAGCCCUUCUAAUAAAUCUGUAGAGCUUGUCUACUGGACUGACACUGAAGAACUAGACCUCACCAGGGAGCUCAGGGAGGUGCUGUCUGACAUCUUUGAGGUGAUAGACAUAGAUGGAAAUGGUUUGCUCAGUCUGGAGGAGUACAAUUUCUUUGAGCUUAGGACCAGUGGAGAGAAAUGUGAUAAGGAUGCCUGGGCUGUCUGCAAAGGGCGUGCAGAGAACUUUGACAUGAGAAAGAACCAGCUGACACGGCAGGGCUUCUUGGAGCUGAACCUGAUGGAGGCCACAGAGAAACAUGGUGACCCUGCAGACCUGUGGGUCACCCUGGAAGCCAUGGGCUACAACCGAAUGCUGGAGCUAGUAGAGGCUUGUCCAUUCCAGAUAGAUGUACACAGUGAAGGCACUCAGCCGUCCAUCCAGCCGCUCAGUAUGGACUCAGGGCCCAAGCUUCUGAGCCAGGCCCUGCAGAAGUCCAUCACAGCCAGGACAGGGGCCAAAGCACUGAGGGGACAAGACAACAUCUUCAUUUACACCUACCGAGGAGAACACAGGAUCUCGUCCCUCAUAGCCAACAAGACCAGCCAGAAAGUGACUGUUCAUGUGAACAAUGAUCAGAGCAGGAACUGCUGCAGCAGCAGAGGCAUGAAUGUGUUUGCUGUUGAGGUGCCAGCCAGGACUAAGAUGGUGUGUCAACACAUCCUCCCCAUCAAUGAGAGACAGGAUUGGACCUACAACUGUGUGGAGACCAUACUACCUUGCACAUAAAGCUGUACUGCUAUCAAGAAUUCAGUGCUUGCCUAUGCUAUUGAUACAGAAAAGUGACAAAAUCUAUUCAUAAACGAGUGGUUUAACAUAGGAUAGAAAUAGAAAUUGUUCCAUAUCCACCAGCAAUAUGAAAAAUGUCUGUUCUGUUACCGGUCUGACCAAAAAGACGAUUCAUGAGAAAUUUCUGGUCCAGCAAAAAUAGUUGGAAAAAUUAGAUACAAUAGAUGUAACAAAUAACAAGAACAGUGCCACCAGUGGUCAGGAUUAUUGUCCUUUAAAUUAUUUUAAAAAUGGAGUGUCAUUUGCCAUAUUAAUAUACAUUAAGUUUCUGGUAUUUUAAUUAUUAGAGGACUUUUUUACCUUUUUGUGUUACAAUAUACAGACAUGUAAUAAUAAAGGCCAAAGUAAACCUGU